AUGGCAGCCCCGUACACGCCUCAGGACGUGUCGGCCGUCUCACAGAUGAUCUCGGCUCUGGACGUGGCCCGAAAAGACAAACGACGUGCUGGAUUCUCCUGCAAAAAGACUACAUUUGCAGUCAAGCAGUCUCGAGAUCGCAUCGAGGUAGAGUCCUGGAAGAUGAUGGACUACGACUAUAAGCGCAAGGGGCUCCCUACAUAUGCUCGCGGCCUCUUCACCACCAAAACCAGCAACAACGCCCCGGAAAUCGCAGUCCGAGGCUACGACAAGUUCUUCAACGUCAACGAGGUCAAGGAGACCAAGUGGGACGUGAUUCUGAAAAACACAAGGGGACCUUACGAGCUGACUCUGAAGGAGAACGGCUGCAUCAUCUUCGUGGCUGGCCUCGAGGAUGACACUCUUCUUGUUUGCAGCAAGCACUCUACCGGCGACCGCAGCGAUGUUGAGCUCAGCCACGCCCGUGCCGGAGAGGUUCGGAUAGAGAAGCAGCUGGCCGCCGUUGGCAAGACCAAGGAGGACCUUGCCAGGGAAUUGCGGUCCCGGAAUAUUACUGCCGUAGCAGAGCUUUGCGACGACUCGUUUGAAGAACACAUUCUAGCCUAUGAGGAUGACAAGGCCGGGCUGUACCUUCACGGCAUCAACCUCAACCUACCCGAAUUUGCUACUUACCCGAGCAAUCUGGUCCAGGACUUUGCAAGCCAAUGGGGCUUCAUCAAGACGGACCUGCUAGUCAUGGAGGAUGUAAACGAGGUCAAGGCGUUCUUGGAGGAUGUCGCCAAAACAGGAGCCUAUGAUGGCCGCGACGUGGAGGGAUUCGUCAUUCGAUGCAAAAUGUCGCAUAACCCUACCGAGCUGCCUUUCCAAGACUGGUUUUUCAAGUACAAGUUUGAGGAGCCCUACUUAAUGUACCGACAGUGGCGAGAAUGCACAAAAGCCAUGAUUUCGGGCAAACAGCCCAAGUUUAAAAAGCACGUGAAGAUCACGGAAGAGUAUCUCCUUUUUGCCCGGCGCCAGCUGGCAGCCAAUCCGAAACUUUCCAAAGAUUACAAUCAAAACCAUGGAAUCAUCAAGCUGCGGGACGACUUCCUAGCAUAUAAAAACAUCAAGGGAUCAGAGGCCGCCACCCUUGAAGGAUUUGAUCGCAUCAUCAUGUCAGAGGUUACCAAGGACGUUGUCUUGGCACCUAUUGCGACGCUUGGCUGCGGAAAGACUACCCUUGCUCUGGCAUUGACGCAUCUCUUUGGCUGGGGCCACAUUCAGAACGAUAACAUUUCAGGCAAAGGUCGGCCACCGCGAUUUGUCAAGGCACUUAUGGAUCAGCUGAAGGAGCACCCUGUUGUUUACGCAGAUCGCAACAACGCGCAGAAGCACGAGAGAAAGCAGCUUAUCGGCGAUAUCAAGACGCAGAGCCCCGAGACUCGAAUUGUCUGCCUCAACUUUCGACAUGACGAAGAGUCCCUUGAUGAUAUCCGACGCGUGACUCAGGAUCGUGUCAUUGAGCGAGGAGACAAUCACCAGACAAUCCAAGCGGCUUCAAAUCAGGACAAAUUCCUCGAAGUAAUGGAAGGUUUCAUUAAACGAUUCGAGGAAUGUAACCCCAGCUCUGCGCCAGAUGCCGGGUUCGAUCUUGUCAUCGAUCUAGAUCCUACGGCUGAUAGCAGACAGAAUCUCGAGACACUGGUCAAAGAGCUCAAUCUAUCACUGCCAAACGUGGUCAAAGAAAUGCCAAGCCCUGAGAAACUCGAUGAGGCUAUGGACUUUGCGCUAAAUUACAAACCUGAUUUCAGACAUACCAUCCCCGACAGAGGCGGCAGAAAGGAUGCCAAGGCUGGCCAGCAGCAGCAGCAGCAGAAGGCGCCGAAGAAGAGGCCAUUGGAGUACAUGUCCGUAGACGUACCCACCGACUCUAUUAACAAACUCCUCGAAAAAUCUUUCAAGGGAGUCGGCCCGGCGACGUCCAAGUUUUUCUGGCAGCUCAAGAACACGAGAAGAGUGCAGCGCAAGUUUCACGUCACGUUGAUGCACAGAGCUACAAAGGACCAGUUCCCAGAGCUAUGGCAACGAUACAAGGAGCUUCAUGAAGCCGCGGGCGGAGGUGAUGCUAAGCUGGGUGACUGCGACGUGAUGCUCGAGCGGGUUGUGCUUGACGAACGCAUCAUGGCCAUUGUUGUGCGCAUUGUCGAUGGAGAAGGCAAAUGGGAGUGCGUGAACCGCGUUGCGCAUAUCACGGUGGGAACGCGAGACGAUGCGGUGAAGCCCAAGGAGAGCAACGAGUUGCUGGCAAAAUGGCUGGAAGAAGGAACUAGCGAAGAGAACAAGAUUCAAGAGGUGGUGUUUGAAGAGAAGCCGAUGAUCAAAGGGGCAGUCAGAGGUGUUUUGUCUAGAUAAGACCAGUGGAAACUUGCACAAAUUGGGUUCAAUAGGGAAUAUGAUUGGCGAACAGCAAACAGAUAUGAGGCAAAAGUGAAAAUGGGAUAAGUCACGACACAGCCGCAAAGAGAUGCUUUAUAUGAUAUACCCGCUCAGCUGCGAGUAACGUCACCUAGGGGUGCCACAAUAUAUAUAUCUGUGUGUAAUACCUAGGUAUGGAAAACAACUUUUGACUCUAGCUGAAAGUAGACUGGUGAAUCAUCUUGUCCGAAUAUUGUGAGAGAUGUAAUCAAAGAUGCACGGAAGAGGGUGAGAGAUACAUUACGGUAGAGCAACCUGAUGGGAUCGCCCACGUGUAGAGAGAUGAUUGGAGCGUGAGAGAGGGUAUAAAGUAGAGACAGAAUAUAGCUUGAAACAUGAGUCGGUGCCACCAAAUCGCAAACAAUGAGAAAACCAGAGCCGCCCCGAACCGCCCCGAAAAAGAAGAUGCAGACAAGAAGAGAAAACAAACAAAAUGAAAUGGGCAUGGCUUCGUCUACUCGUCAUCUAGGCAUCUACUGGCUAUACUUCCGAAAAAGGGAACCUCGAACCUUUCGAGUAUCUCUGCGUCUUGAUAUG